CAUCCGCUGAAGAUUUUUCGACUUAAAGAUUAAAAACAUUCUUAUUUAUUAAAAUACUAAGCAGCAAUAUUUACUACUCAAAAAUUAAAAAUGUUGGAUCCUAAAUUUCUAUAUCUUCCCUACAUAGCUCAAGAAGAAAAAGAUGUCUAUGAAACUGAAGAUAUUCCACCAACAGAAUCAGAAUAUUACGAAGAAGAAAACGAAUCUGAAUCGAUUGAAAAAAGUGUAUUAAACACUGAAGAUGCCUAUAACAAGUUUAAAGGAAAAUACUUAAUCGGGAAUGUUGAUUUUUCUGACAAUAUUGGGAAAGGCCGAUUUAGUGUGAAAGGCUACAAUGCAGUGUCUGGUGUUUGGGAAAUAACUGGCAAUGGUGAAAAAGAAAAUCCAAUACAAAAAUGUCAACGAUUACAAUGCGAAAUGAGUGAAUUAAUGGAUGAAAUUACUGCAUUGCAGAACAGCAAAAAUGUUUCAAAAGAAGAACGUGAAGUUUAUGAUGGUGUGUCAAAAGUAGUUGUGACAGCCAAAAAAGUUCUUGAUAGUUUACGACUUGAGCAAGUGCUUGGAAAGGAAACAACCGUUUCAUCUUCAGAAAAACAAGUAAAAAAUUUAAUCUCCCAGGUUGAAGAAUAUAAAAAAGGUGUGCCAGUGACUGCAGCUGAAUUGAUGAAACUUAAUUCUCAAACUGAACUUUCAUUUACAACAAGAAUUGCUGAAUUAGAGCACAAAUUACAUCAUUUGGAGCAAACUCUUGGAGCUAAAACUGAUAAGAUUUCUCGUUUAAAUAGUUCUUUAGGGACGAAGAAUCUCCUAGAAGCUGUUCAACAGCUCUCAACAAAAUCAGCAUUGUUGCAACCAAAUCAGCUCGAUGUGAUUGAACAACGAUUGACUAAUUUGGCAACUAAAAUGGAUCAAUUCAAUGAUAAAGCAAGUGGAACGGCUGGUUCUGAUCCUGUUCGAGAUCAAAAAAUUGUUGAACUUUAUGAAUUGGCAAAAUCAAGUGAGCCUGUAACAAAAGUUCUCCCUGAUAUAUUAGAACGAAUGAAAACUUUAGAAACUCUGCAUUCUUAUGCCCACAUUGUCAACCUGUGCAUUCUAUCUGCGAAAAUGUUUGUUCGUCUUAUUUUAGUUUUGUUUUCAAUCAAUUUCAUCUUUUGUGCUCAACUCGAGUUAUCAAAUGAUGAUACUGUCAUAGAAGCUAUUAGAGAAAACAAAAAUAUUAUUGUGCUAUUUACUAGGAAAUGUAGUCCUUGUAGAUAUGAGCAAAGUUUAGCUUCUAUUCGUGAUGAAUUUAAAUCAUCUUUUGAUGGAAAUAUUCUAAGACUGGAUUCAUCGCAAUUACAGCGAGUUUAUGAUAUGCAAAGGAAAGACUCCUCUUUAGUCUUCGUCAGAAAAGGUGUUGGCUUACUAUAUGAAGGAGAUGACUCAGCGGAUGACAUCUAUGAUUAUAUUAGUGAACAUCGGGAACCAAUUGUUAAAGAACUUGAUGAUAGAAAUUUCGAGCAUCUGACACAAGCUUCGACAGGUUCAACAACAGGCGAUUGGCUGAUUCAGUUUUAUGAUAACCAAUGCAUCGACUGUAGCCGUCUCUCAGCAAUUUGGGAGACUGUCGGCGCAAAAUUAAAAUCUCGUAUGAAUGUUGCUCGCGUGAACCGAGGAACGAUAGGAGCUAUAACUGCAAAGCGAUUCAAGAUUACCAACGCUCCAGAGUUUAUCCUUUUGCGUCCAGGAAAAUUCUAUCGCUAUAACCUGAGAAACUAUGAAAUUGAAUCUUUUGUGAACUUUGCAACUACUUGGUAUAAUCGAUUAACACCUGAAAAAGUGAAACCAUUAGCCACACCUUUUGAAAAACUCGUCAAUCUUGUCGUGGAUCAGUUGAAAAACUUACCGAAAUUUGAUGAUUUCUUUGCAGAGAGUAGUUCUUUAAUUAUAUUUAUACCUGGUUGUCUUUUAUUAUUGUUUGCAUUAUUUUUCAUUCUCAAAAAUCGAGGAACUAAAAAUGUAUCAUCCAAAACAACGAAUAGUAAGCAGAAAGAAGUUUCAACAAAAAAAGCUGCAAAGAAAGAUUAAUAAAAAGUUCAUUUCCAAUUAAACAUUCUAUUUCUUUACGUUUAUUUCAAACUUAAGAUGGAUAAACUAAGAUAAAAUCUAUUAACAAAUAUUUAGUGUUUCAGAAAUUUGCUUGUCGUUAAUAAUAAUUAUAAAAUGUACUAAAAUGAUUUCCUUUACAUAAACAUUAACUAGCACAGAUUUGGCCAUCAAAUUAAUCAGUGCAAUUUAUUUUAAAC